GUGUAACCUAGGUUUGUGUAUAUUAACCUUGGAACGGAGAAGCUCAACGCCAAGCUCGCUUUGUUGACGUGCGUAAGUGAGCAAAAUAUACUCGUGGCUCGGGCGUUUUCAAUUUUGGCGUUGUAUAAUAAAGGGUUAGUUUCAAUCUUGCAAUGGCAUCGAAAUGUCAAGUCCGUAGCCUAUGUCGUUCCCUUCUUCGAGCGGGACGUCAAUUCCCUGACUACAACAUCAGGGAGUACACAAAGCGAAGGACUUUGGAUGGGUUCCGCAUGAACAAGAGUCUCACUGACCAAUCAAAGGUUAAUGAGGCUUAUGCUGAAGGUAAAGCACAGCUGGAGGUUGUAGAGAGGGUGCUCAAGGUCUAUUCAGCAUAUCCUCCCAAGACCAAGAACAUCAUGGAACUCAAGCUUCAGUAGAUACCCUACCAAGUGAAGAGAGGACACUAUGAAAGAGUUUCUUGUAUUGGAGCAGAGAUAGACUGGAGAGAAUGAAGAGUUCGUGGCGUUGAUUGUUCUUAAUAAUCUCAAACGAUUCUGCAUUGUUUCAUAGAAAAGUCCCCAACUUUUCUGUAGUUUAUGUACUCUUAUGUCCAUGGUUAGCGCUGAUGCUGUUAGGUUAUAAAUCUGGGAUUCAAACACAUUAUUAUUAAUCUAUUGUCAGAGUUUCUAAAGAAAUCUUUCUGAUA